AUGUCUUCUUCCUCCAUGCGAACCUUUCCCUCACAAGCCGAGCAAGAAACCAACAUGGAAACAAAGACCAACCACCAAGAACUCUACCAGCGUUACGCCGACUCGGUCUCCUCCUUGCCUAGCGCGGAAGGCCUGUCCCACCUCCAACUCUACCGCCACCACCAAGGAUGGCACGGCAGCCAGAUGUGCAUAGCCGGUGCCAUGGCCGCGGGUGCGUGUUUCGCGGCGCGCCCCUCGGACAUCCUCGUCGCCACCCUGCCCAAGUCCGGCACCACGUGGGUCAAGUCGCUUCUGUACGCCACCGUGCACCGCGGAGAACAUCCCCCGGAUGCCGCCGACCACCCUUUCAACUCCUUCGGCCCCCACGAAUGCGUCAAGUUCUUGGAGUACCAAAUCUACACCGGCAAGAAGGUCAACGUCGACGACCUCGACGAGCUCCCGGACCCGAGGCUCUUUGCCACGCACGUCCCGUUCGUGGCGCUGCUGGCUGCAGUGGUUGCCUCGGGAUGCAAGAUCGUGUACAUGUGCCGCGACCCCAAGGACACCGUGGUCUCGCUCUGGCACUUCACGAACAGGCUCAGGGCCAGCCAAGGGCUCGAGCCCAUCCCGGCGGAGACCGCCGCCGCGUUGUUCUGCGACGGCAUGUCGGCGUUCGGGCCCUUCUGGGAACGCGUCCUCGGGUAGUACUCGCGUCCCGACCGGGUGCUCUUCCUCAGGUACGAGGAGGUCUGGAGGGACCCGCCGGCGCAUGUCCGUAGGCUGGCCGCGUUCGUGGGCCUCCCGUUCGACGUCGAGGAGGAGGAGAGCGGCGUGGUGGACGCCAUCGUGAGGCUGUGCUCGUUCGAGCACAUGUGCGGGCUGGAGGUGACCAAGAGCGGCAAGACGGAGUUUUGUAUACCUUAUACAAACCAACUAAAGGAGAGACCAAAUACAGCUACCAUCACGUGUGCCUGGACUAGUCCUGUAGAAAUAGCACUGCUCAAGUACAGAACCUCUUGUAUACCGUACACGUAACACAACAGCAAAGUUCGUCGCUAGUAACGGAACAAGCGCCUUCUUAUUCGGCACGCACACGCUCACGCACGCUACAAGAG